UAGCUUUUUUGCCCGGCUCCAAGAUGGACGGCAGCGGGGACGGGGGAGGCCGCUCUGGGGGAGCACGUGGCGCGCCGCUGGCCUUUCCCGGGGCUGCUGGGAUGGUGGCGGAGUCCGGAGGCCUCCCGCCGCCGUCGGGCAGGGAGGCUGGCGGCCCAGCCUCUUCUUUCCCCGCACAGCCGGAAGGCCCCCGCUCGAGGCCCGCGUCGCCAUGGCCGCGGUUCCCGAGUUGCUGCAGCAGCAGGAGGAGGACUGCAGCAAGCUGAGAUCUGUAUCUGUGGACCUGAAUGUUGAUCCCUCGCUUCAGAUUGACAUACCCGAUGCACUCAGUGAGAGAGAUAAGGUCAAAUUUACAGUGCACACCAAGACCACGCUGCCCACGUUUCAGAGCCCAGAGUUUUCUGUUACAAGGCAACAUGAAGACUUUGUGUGGCUCCAUGACACUCUUACUGAAACUGCAGACUAUGCUGGGCUUAUUAUUCCGCCUGCUCCUACAAAGCCUGACUUCGAUGGCCCUCGAGAAAAGAUGCAGAAAUUGGGAGAGGGUGAAGGGUCUAUGACCAAAGAAGAAUUUGCUAAGAUGAAGCAAGAGCUGGAAGCUGAGUAUCUUGCAGUCUUUAAGAAGACUGUAUCCUCCCAUGAAGUCUUUCUACAGCGGCUCUCUUCUCACCCUGUUCUCAGUAAAGAUCGCAACUUCCAUGUGUUCCUGGAAUAUGAUCAGGAUCUAAGUGUUAGGCGGAAAAAUACCAAAGAGAUGUUUGGUGGCUUUUUCAAAAGUGUGGUGAAAAGUGCUGAUGAGGUCCUUUUUUCUGGAGUUAAGGAGGUAGAUGACUUCUUUGAGCAAGAGAAGAAUUUCCUCAUUAACUAUUAUAAUAGGAUCAAGGAUUCAUGUGCAAAAGCUGACAAAAUGACCCGAUCUCAUAAAAAUGUUGCAGAUGACUAUAUCCACACUGCAGCCUGCCUGCAUAGCCUGGCUUUAGAAGAGCCCACGGUCAUCAAAAAGUACCUAUUGAAAGUUGCUGAGCUAUUUGAAAAACUUAGGAAAGUAGAAAGUCGAGUCUCCUCAGAUGAAGACUUAAAGCUGACAGAGCUUCUCCGAUACUACAUGCUCAACAUAGAGGCUGCUAAGGAUCUCUUAUACAGACGCACCAAAGCCCUCACUGACUAUGAGAACUCAAACAAAGCUUUGGAUAAGGCCCGGUUGAAAAGCAAAGAUGUUAAGUUGGCUGAGGCACACCAGCAGGAAUGCUGCCAGAAAUUUGAACAGCUUUCUGAAUCUGCAAAAGAAGAACUAAUCAAUUUCAAACGAAAGAGAGUGGCAGCGUUUAGAAAGAAUCUAAUUGAAAUGUCUGAACUGGAAAUAAAGCAUGCCAGGAACAAUGUCUCCCUCCUGCAGAGCUGCAUUGACUUGUUCAAGAACAACUGAUCUGCCUUUUCUCUGAGUGAAGGACACGAAUGUGAAAGAAAGCCAGCAUCACUUGCACUUAAAUCAUCACCACAGAAG